AUGUUCUCUAAAAUUAUUGCUUUGAGCGCCGUAUUGGCGGUGUCCAGCGCCGGACUUUUGGCCGCUCCAACAGUUCACUACUCUCCAGCUUCCGCAGUCUCCUCACAGAGCAUCGUGCGCCACGAGCAACCAAUCGCCGUAGCCGCUCCCGUCGCAUACCACGCUGCUCCCCUUGUCCACGCUGCUCCAGCACACGCUAUCAUCGCCCAACAUGAGGAAUACGACGCAAACCCCAGCUACGACUUCGCCUACUCCGUAGCCGAUGGCCACACCGGUGACAACAAGUCCCAGCAUGAAAGCCGAAAUGGAGACGUCGUUAACGGUGAAUACUCUCUGGUUGAAGCCGAUGGUUCAGUCCGUCGCGUUCAAUACACUGCUGACCCACACAACGGUUUCAACGCCGUGGUCAGCAACUCUGCGCCAGCCCACAGCGCUGCACCCGCCUACGGCCAUGCUGCCGUUCUCGCCCAUUGA